AUGAGUUUUCAAACCCCACCCACACUGGAGGAGCUGGGCAGACAGGCGCUGCUGAGAAAUGAAGCCUUGGUCAUCUCUGCUCUGGAGAAACUAACCUGGACACUCUUCCCAGCACUGUUCAAGGACGCCUUCAAUGGCAGACACACUAGGAUUGUGAAGGCAAUGGUGGCAGCCUGGCCUUUCCCCUGUCUCCCUGUGGGGACGUUGAUGAAGACUCCCAACUUGGAAAUCUUCCAGGCUGUGCUCGAUGCAGUAGACAUGCAUCUGAAAAGAGUGUUUCACCCCGGGUAAAAACUUCAGGUGCUUGACCUGAGGAAUGUUCCACAUGAGUUCUGGAACAUAUGGACUGGAAGAGAGGAUGGGGCCUGUUCAGCAGAGACUGUGGAUGAGAGGCCUGUAGUGAAGGUCCUUCCCAGAUAUGCACUGAGGUGGCGGCAUCUGAAGGUGGUAACUGACCUCUGCCUCAGGCUCCCUAUGAAUGAAGAGCAAACAUGCUUCUUGCAGUGGGUCCAGCAGAGAAAAGACUCUCUACAGCUGCACUGUAUAAACAUGAAGAUCUGGGCUGUGCCUAUGUGCACUGUCAAAGAGAUCUUGAGUGUUUUCCACCCAGGACGCAUUGAGGAGCUGGAACUGAACACGGGGUGGGAUGUGUCCACACUGGCACGAUUUGCUCCCUGCAUUGGACAGAUGCGGAGUCUUCGCAAAUUCUCCCUGGCACGCAUCUGUAGGAACACUUUCGGGACUGGAACCAGGACAGCAGACAGAGAAGAGAGGUGCAUCAGUAAGGUCAUUGCUCAGUUCUCCAAACUCCACUGUCUGCAGCAUCUCUCCAUAAAUGGCAUCUUCUUUCUCAAAGACCACAUGAAACAAAUACUCUGGUGCCUGAGGAACCCCUUGGCGACAAUCUCCAUCACAGGACGCCACCUGUCACAGUUGGACUUGAAUUAUUUCCCCUUGAGCCACAACCUGCAUCAGCUAAAACAUCUGGUCUUGAGAGGAAUCUUGUUAUUUGCUUCAUGUCUCAAGCCUCUUGGAGUGCUGCUAGAGCAUGUAGCAGAAUCUCUGCAGUCUCUGGACUUGCAGGGUUGUAGGAUCAAGGACUCUCAGCUCACUGACCUCAUCCCUGCCCUCAGCAAGUGCUCCAAGCUCACCGAGUUUAAUCUAUUAGAUAAUGACUUUUCCAUGCCCACCCUGAAUGACCUUUUGAGUCACACAGCCAACUUGACCAAGAUGAAUGUGGAGCAGUACCCGGCCCCUAUUCAAUGUUAUGACGAUUACGGUUACAUCUUGGUAGAGAGAUUUGCCCAACAUUGUCUUGAGCUCAUUGAUACACUCAGAGCGUUAAGGAAGCCCAAGAGGAUCUUGUUUUCCACAGAUCCCUGCCAUGAAUGUGGUGAGCGCUGUGUCUAUGACCUUGGGCUUAGACUUUGUCCUUGCCAGCGGUAA